UGCCCCGCCGCCGCGCGCAGGCGCCCCGGAGCCGGAAGGCCGCAGCGCGAAGGAGGAGCGGGCGGCGGAGCGGGGCGGCGCACAGCGAGCCCCGGCGAGGGGCGGUCCCCGCACGCAGCCAUUUUUGGUAAACAAUGAAGGUUCUGUUACUGAAGGAGCCCAAAGACAGAGACUCAGGACCAGAUCCAUAUAUUCAAGAAUUAGGAUUAUAUGGAUUUGAAGCAGCUUUAAUCCCUGUUUUGUCAUUUGAAUUUGUGUCUCUUCAAACUUUCUUUGAAAAGCUCUCUCAUCCAGAUCAUUAUGAGGGUUUAAUUUUUACCAGCCCAAGAGCAGUAGAAGCUGCCAAGUUAUGUUUGGGAGAAAAUAGUAAAAAUGAAGCCUGGAAUAAUUCUCUUAAAGAAAAAUGGAAUACCAAAUCAGCAUAUGUUGUAGGAAAAGCUACAGCUUCUCUAGUGGAGGAAAUUGGCCUUGCUCCACAAGGAGAAAGGUGUGGAAAUGCUGAAAAACUAGCUGCAUACAUUUGCGCAAGGGAAACACCUAAUUCAUCACCUCUUCUUUUUCCUUGUGGAUCUCUCAAAAGAGAAGUUCUUCCAACAAUACUCAAAGAAAAAGGAAUUUCCCUGGAAAGCCUUACUGUUUAUCAAACUGCUCAACAUCCCAGUCUCCAAGAAUCCUUGAAGAAUUAUUUCUCACAACAGGGUAUUCCAGCAAGCAUCACAUUCUUCAGUCCGUCUGGUGUCAGAUUUUGUCUCCAUCACAUUCAGAAGUUUUCUGGUGAUCUUAUUAAUCAAAUUAAGUUUGCUGCUAUAGGUCCAACAACAGCUGAAGCAAUGGAAGCUGAAGGAAUCCCAGUGAGCUGCACCGCAGAGAACCCUUCUCCCCAAGACCUUGCUGCUGGUAUCAAAAAAGCCCUUCACCUGUAGAAUUGCUGUUUACCUGAGUAGAAGCACCACACAUGUUGCUGUAACAGUCCUCCAGAAAUUUAAGACAAUUCAUCAGUGUUUAACAGGGAUAUUAACAUUCAUUUGGAUUUUUUUUAAAAAGCCAUGCUCUCUGCCUUAUCAUUCAAUCCUUCCUUGACCAUCCAUCUUCUAAUAGCACUGUGUGGUGGGAGUGGAAAAGCUAGAUUGACCAGUCAAGAUCAAAUAUAUGGCUAAUUUUGUUGACCCACUGUAAUAAUGGUCAUUAAGAGAAGACAGUGAUUUUCACCAUAUGUUAGCCAGCAGAAGUCCAAAACAUAAAAAGUCAGUAACUAAUACCAACCACCAUGUUAAAGAAAUCAGAUUAUUAAACAAGUAUUUGGGUAGUGUUAUAUCUGCUAUUUUUCACAUUCCAGAUAUUAUGCCAUAAUGUAAAGUAUACCUUUCAAAAAUAUGGUUCAGAGUGACUUGGAAUAAGUGAAAUUGUUUCAUUCAGUCAGUGGUCAGGUUUGUACUGGACACUUUUGUAUUCUAUAUUGCCCCUUUCUUGAAUACUCAAGAACAGCUGCAUCUAAAACUUCAUGGGUCAAAUUCCACCCUCAUACGUGCACUCCCAUUGGAAAUAAUGAGAGCUGCACGUCAGUAUCUGAAAGCAGAAUUUGGCCACAUAUGUAGCAUGAAACAAGUUAGUUUUUUUCCCUUUAAUUUCAACUCAUGGCUGGAGUAUGGAUAAUUUGGUAUGGUAGUUCCUUAAAAGUCAGUUGGUUACAAAUUGCGAAAGGCUAGUGUUGGACUUACUUGCACACGCGCGUGCGUGCGCACAGACACACACAUAGAAAACCACAGUGGGUAGCUGAUAGCAUAUAAAACAGGGUUUUACUCUUUGGCNUCUAA